AUCACCACAUCCUUUCCCAGCACUAGCACAAGUACGAGCAUGGCCGUCCUUUCCCGACUCAUCCCUAGCGCAACGAGCGCCUAUCUACUCCAAGCAGCACUGGCUCUGAUCUUCGUCCCGCAACAGAAUGAAAAGUACUACGAUCUGGGCGGUGCGGCAGGCUUUCUGAGCACCUCUCUUCUGUCGCUCUACUAUCCCGCUCUCAAAGCCAAGUUCAAUCACGGCGUCCCGCUCCCUCCAAUCACGUCCUUCGCGCCACGCCAGUUGCUGGUGACUGCUGCUCUGGGACUCUGGAGCGCACGGCUGGGAUCUUUCUUGGUUGCAAGGGCGCUCAAGGCCGGUGGCGACUCGCGUUUCGACGAGGUGAAGAAGGAUCCCAAACGCUUCAGUUUCUUCUGGUUCGCACAAGCGACCUGGGUUUUCGUGGUUGGCCUUCCUGUGUACCUCGUCAACACCGUGCCACCGGUGUUGCACCCAGCUCUCUCCCGCCGCGACUACCUCGCCCUCGGCUUGUUUGCUGGAUCAUUCCUGUUCGAAGUCAUCGCGGACCGGCAAAAAACUCAAUGGCGACGCGCCAAAGACGCGAAACGUCAUGACGAGAACUUCAUAUCCAGUGGACUUUGGGCUAUUUCCCGGCAUCCCAACUAUGUCGGCGAAGUUGGCAUCCACAUCGGCAUCUGGGCUCUCGCUACGGGAAGUCUGACUAGCAUUCACUUUCCAACGGGGACCGCUGUCGCUGCGCUUGCCAGCCCGUUGCUCACUUACUUCUUACUUCGAAAGGUUUCCGGAGUUCCCCCGCUGGAGAAAGCCGGCGACAAGAAGUUUGGAGCUGAUCCGAAGUGGCAGCAGUACAAGCGGCAACGGGUUGGACAGUAUCCCCAAUUCUUUGUCUCUGCGACCGCCUGUCUCUUCCCACCUCCGGCAAUGAUCAGCGCCAGUCUCGUUCUCGCUGCAUGCGCCUUUGCGGGAAUCGCCGACGCGCAUCCGUACCAUGAUCAGCAGCCGAUGGCCCACGAUUUGGAGCGUCUUGUCGAUGUCAUCGACGUGACGACCGAGCCGUGGGGAAGCAAAUUCGGCCUCCAGACUGACCUGCCGUACUCCGGCCCGCUGAGCUUCGCGCAUCUACCGUACAGCAAGUGUCUGGAAGACGGCCAGUCGCGGUUCGAUAUCGCCAUCUUGGGAUUGCCCUUCGACACGACGACGUCCUACCGACCCGGUGCACGCUUUGGUCCCACGGGAAUCCGCAUUGGCUCCAGGAGGCAGCACAUCGAGGGCUACACUCUGGCGUGGAACUCUAGCCCGCACGAGCUUGGGGCGAGCAUCUUGGACUGCGGAGAUGUUCCUCUUACCCCGGUCGACAAUGCCCAAGCACUGGAACAGAUGGAAGUUGCGUAUACGACACUUCUCAAUCGGCCUGUUCAAGGCGGCACUAACACGGCGUACAAAUCAUCCACUGCUGCACUGGCAAAGGACGGAUCGGAGCACCCGAGACUGGUUACGCUAGGCGGAGAUCAUACCAUCGUUCUUCCGAUCCUGCGUUCGCUGAACAAGGUCUAUGGACCCGUCAGCGUCAUCCAUUUCGAUGCUCACUUGGACACAUGGGCGCCUCCUCCGCUUUCCACUGGAAUAGGGCGAAUCAACCAUGGCUCUUUCUUUGCUAUCGCUGCGGAGGAGCACCUGAUCGCGAAUAACAGCAUCCAUGGCGGGAUCCGCUGCCACAUGGGCCGACAAGAUAUUGUGCACGACACCGAAGUCGGAUUCCAGCUGAUCAGCGCCGAAGACAUUGACGACUACGGUGUUGAUCAGAUUAUCAGCAAGAUUCGCCAGAGAGUAGGAAACAGCCCGGUAUAUCUCAGUCUCGACAUCGAUGUCAUCGACCCUGGUCUUGCUCCCGCUACCGGUACACCCGAGGUCGGCGGCUGGACUACUCCUGAUAUCACGAGUAUUGCGGCUGCUGAAAUCAUCUUCGACUUCCUCAAUAUGAUGCAAAUGGAUGCACCCCCAAAGCCUCAUGUCGGACCGUUCUAGAUACUGUACUUUCACCCAAAAUGAUGCAUUACUGCUAUCCUUGCAAAAGUCUCCACGACUUGAACAGGUGAAAGCAAGUUCCGGGCGUAGCAAGCAUGAAUGCUU